UUUUACUUCAGGUCAUUCUAUUUUCUUUCUUAUUUCUUGACCUCACACACUCAUUUUUAUCAAUACUAAGAAAUCCGCUUAAUGACCCCUGCAUAAUUAAUCGCAAUCACACAUCGCAACCACUUCUUCCCCGAUAUCCUCCGAUUUCUCGAAGCCUCCCCCUCCCUCUGUCACAUGCAUGUCGGCUGGGGGCGAGCAUCUCACGGAUGAAGGCACACGGCGACAGGUCGUUCUCGCAGGCGGGAUAGCGGGUCUUGUCUCACGAUUUUGCAUUGCACCUCUCGAUGUCGUAAAAAUCCGCCUGCAGCUGCAAGUCCACUCCCUCUCCGACCCUGCAUCCCACCGCGAUGUAAAGGGCCCGGUUUACAAGGGGACUCUGUCCACCAUGAAAGCGAUCCUCACAGAGGAGGGAAUCACAGGCCUGUGGAAAGGCAACGUUCCCGCCGAAUUAAUGUACGUCUGCUACGGCGCAAUCCAAUUCACCACCUACCGCACCGUCACGCAACUCCUGGCGCACCUCGAUCCGCACCGUCUCCCACCCCCGAUGGAAUCCUUCAUCGCGGGCGCCUUCGCCGGCGGCAUCGCAACCGCAUCCACAUACCCGCUGGACCUGCUGCGCACGCGCUUCGCCGCACAACCGUCCGGCCCGCAACGCAUCUACACCUCGCUGUUGGCCUCGAUUCGAGACAUCGCCGUGCAUGAAGGCCGCGCCGGGUUUUUCCGCGGCUGCACCGCCGCAGUGGGCCAGAUCGUCCCUUACAUGGGUCUGUUCUUCGCCACGUACGAAAGCCUGCGACCGGCCCUGGGCCGAGUCCACGAGUACGAUUCGGGGGGGCUUCUCCCGCUCGGGGCGAGCGAUGCAGCGGCCGGGGUCAUGGCUAGUGUCUUUGCGAAAACCGGCGUGUUUCCGUUGGAUCUGGUCCGGAAGAGGUUGCAGGUUCAGGGCCCGACGCGGGCCCUGUACGUGCAUCGCAAUAUUCCCGAGUCCCGGGGGGUGUUUAUGACCAUGGGGACGGUGCUCCAGACCCAGGGAGUCAGGGGGCUGUAUCGCGGGUUGACGGUGAGUUUGCUCAAGGCUGCACCGGCGAGUGCGGUGACGAUGUGGACGUACGAGCGAGUGUUGGGGUUAUUAAGAGAAUAUGAGAUUGGGGCUGGAUAAUUUGAUGAACGAACAGGUCUCUCUCUCUCUCUCUCUCUCUCUCUCUCUCUCUCUCGUUUUUUUUUCUUGGUUUUUUU